AACACAUAUCUUCUUCACAACCAAAAUCCUCCCUCUCUCUCUCUCUUCUCUCUCAGACAUUUGACUAACAAACAGAAUGUAUAAAUCAAGUUCUGUCAGAGAUGAAGGUACAAUACCUUUACUACAAAAGCUCUCUCCUCAUGAAAAACUGCAUUUAAAUAAAAACUACUCUGCUCCUCUCACCCACUUCGCAAACGAAGCAAUCUCAAUAGCCAAAAUCUCUCUCCCAUUAGUCUUCACAGGUCUCCUCCUCUACUUCCGCUCCUUCGUCUCCCUGUUUUUCCUCGGCGGCCUCGGCCGCCCCACUCUCGCCGGAGGCUCCCUAGCACUCGCAUUCGCCAACAUAACCGGUUACUCCCUCUUCUCAGGUUUAACCAUGGGCGUCGAAUCAAUCUGCUCUCAAGCCUUCGGCGCAAAACGCUAUAACCUCGUCACAGCCACUAUCCGGCGAGGAAUCGUCCUCCUCCUCCUUACAUCUCUCCCCGUUUCACUUCUUUGGAUCAACAUCGAGAAGAUUCUUCAAAUGCUGAAACAGGACGAGGAUCUUGCCUCUGAAGCUCACAUCUUUCUUCUUUACUCUGUUCCUGACCUCGUCGCUCAGUCUUUCUUACAUCCAUUGAGAGUUUACCUAAGGACGCAAGCAAAGACUCUUCCUUUAUCAGUUUGCACGGCCGUCGCGAGUGUUCUACACUUGCCCAUCACGUUUCUCUUUGUCUCGUAUCUCGGGUUUGGUAUUAAAGGUAUCGCCUUGAGUGGGGUCUUGUCAAAUUUCAACCUUGUCGUCUUUCUAUUCAUCUACAUCCGUUUCGUGGAGCACAAGGUAAGUAUCAACGAGGAGGUUUUAGUAGAGGAGGAGGUUGAAGAUAGUAUGAGAGAAUGGAAGAAGCUGAUUAGUCUCGCGGUACCGAGCUGUGUAUCGGUUUGUCUCGAGUGGUGGUGCUAUGAGAUUAUGAUUCUGCUUUGUGGGUUUCUCAUAAACCCUAAAGCAACCGUUGCUUCAAUGGGGAUACUCAUUCAAAUCACUUCUCUCGUCUACAUUUUCCCUAGCUCUUUAAGCUUCGGUGUCUCGACACGUGUCGGGAACGAACUGGGCUCGGACCGACCAAUGAGAGCGAGGAGAGCGGCCGUUGUCGGACUCGGUCUCAGCAUCGCCCUUGGGUUCACUGCCCUCACUUUCACUGUCUCGGUCAGAAACAUGUGGGCGAGGCUUUUCACGGACGAUGAGGAGAUCAUUAAGUUGACUUCGAUGGUACUGCCGAUCGUUGGCCUUUGCGAGCUUGGGAACUGCCCUCAGACGACGGGCUGCGGCGUUCUUAGAGGGUCGGCGAGGCCGAGGAUCGGAGCUAAUGUGAAUAUGGCGGCGUUUUAUGUGGUUGGGAUGCCGGUGGGAAUGGUUUUGGCGUUUUGGUUUGGGUUUGGAUUCAAGGGACUUUGGCUAGGGAUGCUCGCGGCGCAGAUGUCGUGUGUGGGUGGUAUGAUGGUGGCGACGUGUGGGACUGAUUGGGAACUGGAGGCGGUAAGGGCUAAGGAGCUCACGGCUGUGGAUGGUGGAAGCAGCGGUGACUGCUUAGAUGUGGAGGUUGGGAAGGUUGAUAAAUUAGGACGAUGAGUCUUUACUCUUUAGGAAUGAUAUAGAAGAUUUGCUCUGUUUCAUGACAUUCUUUGGGAUUAACUGAUAACUUUGUUCUUUAAUUGGAUGGAAAGCAUUCAAUGAUUAUUAAUGUAAGUUUUGUAGGAUAAUGAUAUGAUCCCAGAGAUUGGUUGUUACAGAUUUGGUGUAAGCAUGGUUUCAAAAGUUCAGGUCUUCAAAUUUUGACCAUACUGAUUACUUAA